GCUCUGCAAAGCUGUUCUCAGGCUGAGAGGAACGAGGGUAGCAGGGGAGAGGACUGCACGCUCGCUCUGUGGUGACAGACAGGAAAAACAGAGACACUGAACGAGGCCAGAGAGGGACAGAGGGGUUCAUGACACCCUGGAGAGCAGGAAGGUUUCACUUGUUCCCAACAGAAGACACACAGUUCUGGGUGGAGGUCCAGGGGCCAUAGCUCCCAGGACCAACCUCCAGGAUGUCCCGGAGGAGGUCUACAGGUGACCUGGUGCCCAGGGACAUCACUGAGAUCUUAGCCCGGGAGGCGAGGGCUCAGCGUGGGCAGAAGAAGCCGGGUAGCUCCCUUGGACAGGCCUUCAGCUGGUUGAAGGGGAGCCGGAAGAAGAAGAACCUUGGAAACGGGCUGAACCGAACUGGUGCUGGUGCGACAGAUACCAAAGUGGGACUUCAGAACCAUGAAACUGCAAAAGCUGGCCCAAAAGGAAAUGAUGACCAGACAAGGUUGGCCGUCCACUACAGAACAUCUCAGUACUACCAGGAGAAUGUCUUCAUUGAGGGCAGCCGGCCACAGUACCUGGAGGACCUGCACACUGAGGCCCAGGAAGGGCUCAAGAUACUACAGCAGGAAGAAAACACAAAUGGAAUGAACUUCCCUGAUGAUGAGAGCGUUGCUUCCACUGAUACUCUGCGUCCGGAGCAGGAUAUCAGCUCCAAGGACGGAGUUGGCUCCCCAGAGCCGAGAUCCACCACUGGGAGUACUGAUACCACAGUAACUUCUGCUGUGUCUUCUCGGCCUGUGCUCACCCGCCAAGGUUCUACAUUCAAGCCUCUAAAUCCAGUGAAAAGAUUAGAUAAGAGCAGGAAGAGGAGCAGGAGGACCACCAUCAUGGGUAUUCCAAACCAGGUCCAAAAGGAACUUGCAUUGCACAGAAGCUCAACCUUCCAGCAGCUUGUUUCUACACCUAAUCAUGACAGAGAGAUCAGUGACAGCCAAUCAGGUGUUGUUAUCAUUCCUACGGUUGAUGGAGGGACUCCAGUCGUGAAUAAGGAGGGAGCGAGGGUGCACCUUUCAGAGCUGGAGCAGGCAUCUAAGGAUGAACAGCUGCUUAAGAAGCACCUUGAGGCAAUGAACCAAGAUGAGCAGCCCUUCAACCACCAGAGCUUUGGCUCCUAUUUCUGUCCCACGUCAAACCUGAGACCCAAGUCUCUUGCAGUACCUGGUAUGACUACUUCCUCCUCCUCCUGUGCUUCUGCAAUGUUUAACUUCCUCCAGGAACCCCAGGGCCCAGUGAUGUCCAUAUCUCCUCAGGCCACUUACUUGUCUACAAUCAUCCCUAAUGCUGUAUUGCCAGCCUCAGUUGAAGUGAUAGAGAUCGACCGUGGCAGCAGCCGGACACGUGGCAAUAGUGUAAACCAUGGUGGUAGUGUCCGCACUGUAAGCAAGAACAGUCUGGCUUCCGGGGACUUGUCGGUCAGCCCUUUGUUGUCCAGAAGAUCAGCUGGGGAUGGUUCCCAGACUGACAAUUCACAAAAUGACUCUACACUAAUGUCCACAUCGGCUUCUGGUUCCAAUUGGAGCGAGUCACAGUCUUCAAAGACUAUUUCAAACUCCCCGGUAUCAUCUAAGGGUAGCACGCGAAGUGGCAACUCACAAAGAGCGGGUCUGAACAGGCGGGAAAGCCAGACAGAGCAGUCUAUUGGGGACCAAGACCUUAUCAGUCUCCAUAGCUCAGUAAGCAUGAUAAGCAGCUCCAGCAGUAAAAGGGAUAUUGUUGUUACAGGUCAAGGACCCGAGUCUGAUAUUUCAGAGUCAGUGGCUGCAGUAGAUGAUCCAAAAACCAAACAGAAUUUUACUCGCAGUCUCUCGGUUAUGAAGACUAAGCAACCGCCUGCACCUCCGCGGAGGACAAACUCUCUGCAUAGUAGUAAGAUCAGGAGCAACUCCAGCGUCCUGGUGGAUCUCAAUGACUCUGUAUCUGGAGAGGUGGCAAAUGCUACAGAAAAUAUAUUAGUAAAGAAUGUGAUCAAAUCAGUAACUGCAGAUACCAGUAAUAUCCCCGCCCCAGUAUCAAACUCCACUGAGUCCAGCUGUCUGGAUGGUGCCUCCACACAGGCCUCUUCCACUGAGGCAGGAGGAGCAACACAGCCUCGGCCAGAAUCCAGCAGCUCCUCUCCACAGAAAACUUCCUCAGAAGGGGGAAAAUUUGAACGGACCAUGUCCCCUUCCAGUGGCUAUUCCAGUCAGAGUGGCACUCCGACACUCUCUCCAAAGGGGAUCUCCCCAGCCUCACCUGACAAACAGAAGAAGCCUGUCAAACCAGAGAGAUCCAUGUCUCUGGCCUCAUCUGCAGCAGCUUCUCCUUCCUCCUCUCUUACCUCUCUAUCAUCUGCAACAUCUGAGCCUGUCAAUCCAGAUGUUUCCACAUGUAGCUCCAUUCUGCCUCCACAGGGAUCUCCACCUACUCUUGCUGCAAAACAACGCACUCCAAAUCAUGUUUUCUCAAAUUUGGGAGCUGAAGUCAGAGAGCUUUUAAACAUCCCACCACCUCCCAAAGUCAAAGCGCCUUGUCCUCCUCCUCCGGAGACAUGGGCUCACAACAGACGCACCUUUCAGCUCUUGUGUGAGCCCUGCCCUAAUGUUAGCAAAGUACCCCAAAAACAAGCACAGAGACAAGAAAAUACUGUUAAACAAGCAGGAACCCAGACUGAAGCCAGCAAGGAAAUGCACAUUUUAGAUCAGAAACAAUCAACUAUAAACAAGUCUGUCCCACAACUGUCAGAGAGCAAAGCUAAGCCUAAGACAUUAUCAAGUGACCCUGAAGGUGUUCACAAUGAGAUGGAGAAUAGGGAAUGUCCAGGUACUGAACAAGAGAGGGUAAGUGCAGAUGUUCAGAAACAAGACCAGAGUAGUAGCCCUGUAGUGAAGGACCCUGAGAGUCCAAAGAAAGAUCCUCCUCCUGUCAUGAAGAAACCCAUGACAGUACUGCACAGAGAAGAAGUGGUGUCAACAGAACACUUAGUGGAUCAACAGAAAAAUGAAAUGAGUAGCAGUGUCAUGACAGAUGUUGAUUUACUUGUUGAGAACCAUACAACCUCCUCACAGCAGGGGGUUAUCAUUUUAGUUGAGAAGUUGAUGAGUGAUAGUGAGAUGGAAAAUGAGGUCACAUCCAUGCAGACUCUUAUUGCAGAGGUCCCCAAAAUUAGUAAGGCCUCACCGCCACCUACCCCUCCCCCAGCAUACCACCCAACACCUCCUCCAUCAAGAAAGACACCUCCUUCAUCAGUGUCUAUACCGCCAGAAGAAUUACAGAGGGUACAGGAGGAGAUCCAUGUUGUAGAGUCUUCCUGGCCACCUCCUCCACCUCCUAUGGAAGGGGACUCGGUCUUUGAUGGAGGAGAUGAGGUUGACUUUCCUCCACCUCCUCCACCUUUUGUGGCAGAGAGUGUGCUAAAUGUGAUGGACAGUUGUAUCACAGAGCUGGAUGUCUCAAAAAUACCCACAGAGGAGAUUGGAGAAACAAUCGAGGAUUCCAGUGAAGCUAAAACAUCUGUACAUGUGCAAACAGCAGAUUUGCCCCCAGCUGUUCCACAAACUACAAUUGAAAGCAAACAAGAGGUUAUCCUGCAAGUUUCAAAAGUUAACACCACUGAUGAGAUAUCUUGCAGACCAGAGCAGAAUGUAUCUGUUUUGGACAAUGUCCCACCUCCACCAACAGAGGUAACCCCUUUGCCACCCAUAAUAUCAGAGAGCUCGGUGUCAACCUCUGCUUCAGCUCCUCCCAGCAAUUUCCUGAAACGAGACUCCUUGAAAAUUGAAGAUCAGACUCCCGCCAAACCUCCUGUCAAUGCCCAACCUCCAAUCACUGUCCCAGUUGCCCCACCUUUACCAGCAGAGAAUUUAACCCAUGGGGUAAAUUUCAGAAGGCAGCCCAGUGUACAAAACCGAGACGCCAAGGGCAAGGAGCUCCUUUCCCGACACAAAAGUGUACCCAUUCCCAAAGAGGAUGCUAACAUACCUCUGGUCACCCCUUCCUUGCUUCAGAUGGUUCGUCUCAGAUCAGUCAACAUGACCGAAGAUCAGGUGAAAGCUCCAUCGGAGGACAAAUCAGGAAACCAGGAAGCUUCAGUUCAAGAGAAUUGCCCGAUCUCUAUCCCAGGACCUCAAAAUAUUCCACAGAAGCCCAUCCGCAAGUCUCUGACACAAAAACUUCCCCCUCAGACAGUAAAGACAUCCUCUUUGGCACUAAACACUCCUUCCAUGCGCUUACAGGAAGCCAUACGUAUGAAAACUGCAGCCAUGUCUUCAAGAGAUGGUCUUCCAUCCCGACUGGGUGUGAGAUCCACUUACAGCUUUGUCGGUGAACAAGGGGCUCUGUCCCUGAAAUCACCAGAGGCAUGUGACAUGCACAAGUCCCCUGCCUCUACCGCCAGCUUUAUCUUCUCCAGGAGCACAAAAAAGGUUGUCAUAGAGACUGCAGCUUCCUCCUCCCCUGAUGCUCAGGCAAUUUUGAAGCAAAGCUUGGCGGCUGAGCUCAUGCAGGUGUCUGACCAGUCAAAGACCAGUGCUUUCUCUAAUGGUGGGAUGAAGUCGGACAAAGUUCCUCCACCAGUAGCAAAGAAACCAUCCCAUGGGAGCAACAGUCCUUUACAGAAUCUUCCUGCUUGUUCAGCAAAGAUGGACUUCGGUGUUGAAGGAAACGGAGUAAAAGGAGGAAUAACGCUUCCUGAGACUACAACUACAAGAGUGACAGCGGACACAAUUGAAACACUGUUUUGAAAGAUGUUGGACUGGACUCAUGCCAGAGGAACAAGGAAAGACUGCAAGCAAGUCAAACUCACAGAGACGUAGAACUCCACUAUCAGAGUGUUGUGUGUGUAAAGACUUCUCCAAAAGCCUUAGCCUGUAAUGGCCUUCCCACAUAUUUAUGCAAAAAAUGUCACUCCUAAUUUCCUACCAUAGCUUUAUUCUGGAGUAUUUUUCUAAGCUAGAGUUUAUCUCUCACUGAGGCCCCUCAGGAUGAAAUGGUGUACACUGGCUGAAGGGUAAAUAUUUGGCUUGUGUGAGAUUGCCUCCCAGAGGUAGAAUUAGGUAGUGUCACUGCAGCUCAGAGAAAACAAUUUGUCUCAACAAAGCAUUUCUGUACAGAGGUUUACUGUCUGCUAGGUAUCUUUGCCCUGUUGUAAUAUAACACCAUUUUCAUGGAGACUGAAGCAGAAAAAGCUGACGAUGAAAUCCACUGCAGGAUGAAUCAACAUUUUUAUCACCUUGUUUGCUUAAAGAUCGGAGUAAAAACAAAUAGUCACUCCGUUUCAGUCCUGCUUUUCACUGUGGAUCUGGAAUAGUGUUUGAGAAAAAGGGAUGCUGCACAUCAACAACAAUGACAGGAUAAUAUUUUAUCAAUUUGACACGAUAAACCAUUCAGACGUAACACAAGAAAGCAUCCCAGUACAGCACUGCUAAAAUGGCAAAUAGCUGCUUCUACACCAUCAGCACAAUCUCCUAUUAACUCUUUGAAACCUGGAGCAACAUCACUUUUCUUGUGCUGCUCUCAGACAUCUUUCACAAGU